AUGACUAGUGCAACCAAUCCAAGCCAACGUAGAUCGUAUUCCCGUCAGGGUUGCCGUGAAUGCAAACGGCGUAAGAUAAAAUGCCCCGAAGAGAAACCAGCUUGUUCUACAUGUGUACGGCUCGGCAAAACUUGUUCGUAUCCAUUAGCUGGUGAGAAGGUAUUACGAAUUUCACGGAGAUUGAUUCGAGAAGAGAUUGAAAACUUGGGUAAAUCUACCCAUUUCCUACCCGUUCAAUACGACGUACCUAAACGACAUUUGCAACUGGAGAAAACUAAGAAGAACGGGGCAGGGCCGAGCACCUCUUCUCCAUCGAAUGGGGUUGGUUCUGGUUCCGGUAGUGAUCAUUUUACGUCGCCAACAUCAUCAGCCACACCAUCCAUUGGCAAUAACAAUGCAAACAUGGUGAACUCUGCUCCUUCACAACCAAACGCAUUCAGCAUUGAUUCACCCUCAGUAACGACUCCAUUACCCACCACCCAGCCGCAGGAACCGCAGAGAAGAUCGCUUUUAAACAUUGAAAACCUUAUAAACGACAACCACAAUGAGGAUCAUUUGCAUUUCCUCAACGGAACUGAUUUAAACAUGUUGACUAAUGACUUAUCCAACUUGGUCAAUGAAAUUAUGGAGUUUCAAAACAUCCCCUUCCAGCAGGAUUUGCAAUUGGAUUUCUUUAAUGAUACACCUUUCAGCGCUUCGCCAGUAGAACAGUCAGUACAACACUCACCAUCAUCACAGCAACACCAAUCACAGCAACACCAGCAACACCAACAACACCAACAGCACCAGAAUUAUCCACAGGAUAACCACCAACAGCACUUUCUCGACGACGCGUAUAUCAUGAAUGUACCCGUUGACUACAUAAAACUCAAACGGAAACAUGAACUCUUGUACUUGGAACAAUUUUACAACAAUUUCGCCAACAUUAUUGAACCAUUCAAUGUCUACCAUUCAAAGACCAAAUCUACUUCUAACCCAGCCAGAGACGUCAUUUUAAAAACUGCAAAAACAGAACCGUGUUUGCUAGCGGCAGUUCUUGCAGAAGGAGCUAAAACAAGUUAUAUGAAGUAUGGACAACCGGAGGAUGACAAGGCAUACGGUGCAUACUUGUCGAGAUGUCUAAAACUACUUGAACCGGCCAAGAAAGUGACCAACUUGAAUUCAAACAUUGAAGGUGUGUUGUUGACUUUACUCCUACUUACAGCGGCAACUGCCACAAGUACACAGCAAUGGCGUCCGCAUCUAACUGGGUGCAAGGACCUCCUUCUCAAGAUCUCAACCAGUAACUACAUGGCCAACGUCUCCAAAGUAUUUGUGUUUUGUAAGUAUUGGUUCAUGUCAAUUGAAAUCUUGGCUGGGCUAAGUACAAGUAUUGGAGGUACUUUGAAAACAGAUUAUGAGAUUGACCAUUUGAUGUCGUCGGGGUCAGAGUAUGAAAUUGGAAUUCUUUGUGAAUUGGGCGUGAUUACUGAACAAGGAUUCAAUAAUCUUAUGGGAUUUCACAACACUUGUAUAACAUGUUUCCGAGAUUUGUUCAAGCUACUUAACCAAUACCGACGAAGUCAGUCUGCUGUUGCUGAUAAUGACACUACUCCCACCGCUACCAAUACCAAUACCUCUCCAGGUAUGCCUCCUCCCUUAGUGAUAGACUCGCUACAGAAUAUGAGAAUCUUGUCUGAUUUUUACCAACAAACAACAAUCGUUUAUAUCGACUCCAAAGGAAUAAUCCCCGAAUCAGAACUACACAAGUACACACCGGGGCUACCCAUUGAGGAAAUCCGAGUUGGCGAAUCGAGCUUUUGGCUAAGUUGGCAAGACAUCUCGCAUCAAGCAUUUGUCUUGUCCUCAAUCAUCCUAAUCUUGACCCGUUUCUACCACUUGCCGCCAACAAACCCCAACGUGUCCCAACUAGUUGAUAAAAUCGUUUCAUUCAUAACGUACCUUGAUAAUUUCUCCGAUGUGCAGCAGCACGCAUCGCCGUUUUUGUUGUUGAUGAUUCAGUGGCCAUUGUUGAUUACUGGGUUGCAAGCGGUGCGUGAGGACCAACAGAAGCUUUUGUUGAAGUAUUUUGCCAUGGUGAGGCAGAUUGGCGCUGCUACUGCCGAUGUGUCGGCAGGUAUCUUGAAGAAACAAUGGAAGGGGACAUCGACGUAUGAGGAGGUGGGUGACACUUUGAUAUACUAG